AAUUAUGGAAGGAGCUGUAGAUGCUAAUAAAAAUUAUGAUUCUAAAGGAAUUAAAAGAGGAAUGUGUCAACAGUGUGACUGUCCUGAAUUUGAGUGGCUUCCUUCACAUGCUUUGAGUAUAUGCACUUAUUGUGGAUGCCCCCCUGCGAAACACGCGAAAAUUUCGAUUGAAAUUGAUCAUCAUUUACCUUCUACUAGCAAUGGAAGUUUUGACAAAUCAACCUCAAAAAAAACAAUUGGAACAAAAAAGUCUCUGCUGUUACAAACGUCACAGAAAAAUUUAGAAAUUGAUCUACAUUCAUUAAUUCCUAAAUCAUUUCCUCAUGAAAUUGACAGACUACUUCAAAAUGGUGUAGAACUUAAAGCUACAGAAAUAAGUACAAUUGUCAGAUUAGUAUGUUUGAACAUGCACGAGAAAGGAGUGACAGAGUCUCAUCAUGUGGAUGAAAUGUCCGUUUUAUUAACAAAUAAAUACUCCACUUUAAAGGGACCUUAUGGAAGUGGACAUCUGAUGAUUAAAGAAAAAAUGAAAUUUAAUUUACAAUAUUUAAAAAAACAUAAAAGGAAGGAAACCGAGGAUAACACAGAGCAUGAUGCCUUUUGUCAGGAGAUGGCAAAAGAGGCAUCAACAACUGAAGAUGUCAAUUUAGGAAAACUACAAUCGCUACUUGACAAGACACGUCAUGUACGCCUAAAAACGGUCAAUAGCAUGAGUGCAAAAGAUUUAUUAAAAAUGUAUCCUGCUUUAAGGAAUCCUGAUCUGUUGCUAAGAGAACUUUCAAAAUUAGUGGAUUUACCUGUUGGGACCAUCAGGAGUAAUUGGAUGCAAGCAGUUCCAAAUAUAAUUAAAGCAAUGAAGGUUCAAGUUCCUGCCGAUGGUACCAAUAACGGCACUUGUAUUCAUUUACUUCUAAAUUUGCCGAAAUUAUUUUUAAAGGCGAAAGAGACUGGAAGAAUUUAUCGCGCUUAUCCGAGAGGUUCAACUUUCGCUGAACUUAUUCCGAAUCAUGAUGAGCCUCCUUCUCUCUUGGCAAUUGCAGAUUCUAAUACAUCUUUUGAUUCUCUCGAACUAAUGUGCCACGUGGACGGCGAAACAUUAUUCAAGGCGCUUGCUUUUGAUGCUGUUCUGUAUCUAAUUUCAGCCUAUUGGGUUUUCAAUAUUUCUUUCCCUCCUAACGCAAAAUUGCAAUAUUCAUUCAUUUCUAUUGCAAUUUUGCGUCAAGCAGGAAUAAAACAAAUGAAAAACAAUGUGUUAAAAUCAAUUGUAUUACAUAAUGCUUUAAGAGAUUCUCAUCUCUCAUCAAAGUGAUUUUCCUUUUUGCUGAUCUUUGUGUCAAGUUUCUUUUUUUAUUUCUUAGCUCACAUCGGAGUAGUUUUUUUAUUUCUUGAUCUUUUUGUUCAGUUUAUUUAAUUCUUAUUGCUCAGCUCAUUUCUCAUUUGUUGAU